GAAAGUUUUCCUGCUCACAUGUACCUCCGAUCCCAGCCUCGCAGACAGACCUCUCUUCUCUCACCAGCAACUGAGAAACCAUGAUGCAAUUAAGGAUUUUAAUUUUGACAUCUGUUAUGCUCCCGUGGAUACUGUUAUCCGCAGCAAGAAAACCUAAAAAGGAGGUUGUAAACAUUCCUGACUAUGGCUUUUCUGAAGACUCAGGCACCGAACCAGCUGCAUCUCCGAAAGCCGAAGAGCUGCCGACAUGUCUACUGUGCGUCUGCCUGAGCGGAUCUGUUUACUGCGAGGAGGUUUCCCCAGACUUGUCAGCUGUCCCAUCACUGCCAAAAGAAACAGCAUAUCUCUACGCACGUUUCAACAAAAUCACAAAAAUCAAAAAUAAAGACUUUGCAGACAUGGCUACAUUACGAAGAAUCGACCUAACUGGGAAUCUCAUCGCUGAGAUAGACGACGGAGCUUUUUCAAAACUUCCCAACCUCGAGGAGCUCACUCUUGCAGAAAACAGACUGACCAAACUUCCUGUGCUGCCCAACAAGCUAGUAUCUUUCAACGCCAAUUUCAACAAGCUGAAAACCCAGGGUGUAAAGGCAACAGCUUUUAAAAAACUCGCAAGACUGGCGUAUCUUUACCUCGGAAACAAUGAACUGACGGCAGUGCCCCAGCUUCCGGAGUCUCUCCACGUUGUGCACCUGCAUAACAACAAGAUCUCAAAAAUAACCGACGAGACAUUCUGCAAAGGUAACACCAGCCACUACAUCCGCAGCAACAUGGACGAGGUGAGGCUGGAUGGCAACCCCCUGAAGCUGUCACAGCACCCCGACAGCUUCAUCUGUCUGCAGUCUCUGCCUAUUGGCUGGUACAACUGAAACACAAAACAGCAUGCUUUUGACUGAGGUAGACCUUGAGGGAAACGUUCUGUGCAAUCUGAGUAAGUGCAGGACAAAGAUGCAGAUAGUUUAAAUAAAGCAAAAAUAAUAAUAAUGAUAAUAAUGAUAAAUAAUGCACAGUGAAGUUCUUAAGUGACAUUUUUAUAUACUCAAUAAAUCAAUUAAAUACUUUGUUUUUCAUAAUUAAAUAGAAAUCAUGUAAUUGUAUAACAAAGAUUUCUGCAAUAGGAGGAAAUUGUGUUUGUUUGUUGUUGUUUUUUUUUGUAUUUUAACAGCAAUAUCUGCCUGUAUUUAACACAUCUGUGCAACAUUUUUCCAAAGCGUCCCUAAACACAAACCUGCUUUUAUCUGUGCGGAACAAUUUCACAGAUUUGUCUUAGCAGGUACUAUGCAAUGUUUUUAAGGUUAUACAUCAACACAAACUGGCUGUCAAAGCAUUAGUGACACAUUGGUAUCAUGACGAGAUGAGACCUUUGUUGUGAUCAUUUCUCAUGACAGUUGUAUUAUCAUUGCAGUUUUGCUAUUGUUUUUCUAACCGAAGACCAUAUAAACAAUAAAACCUGCAUGCUGGA